AUGCAAUCGUCUGUCGCAAUAACUGUUUUUAACAGUACGUUGGCAGGCGAUGUUGAGGGUCUCCAGAGUGUAUUUAACAAUGAAGGGAUCUCUGGCGAAGAAUCUCCGGAUAUGUUUGGGGAAACGGAUGAUGUUGGAAGGAAUGCCUUAUUCUUUGCGUGUAUGCUUGGAAGAAGUUGCAUUAUACAGGAACUUGUGAAAAAUGGGGGUCAAGUGAACUCGAUCACAGCAAGGGGCUAUACCCCACUGCACUGCGCCGCCAUGUGGGGCCAGCUGGACACCCUGAAAACACUGGUGGAGCUCAAUGCCAAUUUGCAAGCCGUUAACUUCAGGGGGGAACGCGCGGCUGAUGUAGCGAUUCGCUACUCGAAAUUGGAUUGCGCAGAAUAUCUUGCUUGGAUUGAGGCUAAACAGAGUUUACAGGCCUGUAUUGGACAUUUCAAAGACGCUUUAACUGAUCCGGGGAAAAUUCAAGGAAAGCUUACAAAAGAUGAGAAGAACAUAUGCACAAACGCCCUCUCGGCAAAGUCAGAUUGGCUUCAGAGUGUCAAAAACCCAACAGCCGAAGACUUCAGUGAACAGAGAAAACAGCUUGUGGAUCUGGUUGCCCCUAUACUAGAGAGGCUUAAUCCUCUGUGUGAGUGA